UUAUAACCUCACCACUUUAUUAUGUGAUCUGUUUACAAGCAUUAAAAUCAUAAAAUAAAACGCAUCCACUUAAUAUAACAGUGGAUUAGUAUAUAUUCUAAUGUAAUUCUACCUAGCUUGUGAUAAUUGUAAAUACAUUUUUUAUUAUUUCAAACACGAAACUAAAAUGCCAAUUUUGCAAAUUGAUACUAGCUUGUCGAUGACUUCUGUGCCAUUAGAGUUUGCAGUCCAGACAUGUGAACUAAUGGCACAUAUAUUUAAAUCGCCAUUAAACUUUUGUGUUGUGCAUAUAAAUACUGAUCAAAAGAUACAUUGGUAUGGAUUAGAUAGUCCAUGUGUCUUAGGAACAUUAAAAAUAGUAGGUGGUUCUGGAAUAAUCAAUCCUGAACAAAAUAUUGGACAUGCUGAAAAACUUGUAAAACACAUUUGUGAUAAUUUGAAAUUAUCCAAUAAGAAUAUAUCAAUAUCAAUUGUGGAACAAGAUGCAGCUAAUGUUACAAUCUUUAAUACAACUGUAUCAAAUUUUUUACAAAAUAAAAAUUAAAUAUAUAUUAUAAAAUACAAACAUGACUUAUGUAAUUGAAAUUUUAAAAGAAAUCUACAGCUC